UUUGUUUUUCUUCAAACCCGUCUCGAGCCCCAGCGAACGCCCACCUUCUCGCUGCCACCGCCUUGCGGAGCCUCGCGCAUUCCCACCUCUUCCCUACUCGCCUAGCCGUCACCCUCCGCUGGUCUCCGUCGUCGCCUUCCUCCCAUCAUUACGACGUCGGCCAUCCCUCCCCUCUCCAAUCUUCCUCAGCACUAGAUGGACAAUGAUUCUCAUCAGAAGGAAAAUAGUGAGCGGAAUUGUGAGGAAUCAAAGGGAAAAGAUGCAGCGGAUUCCAUGGAUAAGAAGAAUUCAGCUGGCAAGGUCGAAGGUGGAGUCCAGAUCUUGGCAUUUGAUCACUCUGUGGAGAACUUUUCGCUACAAUGGAUGCUAUUUUGGCUCUUUGUGGGGAGCCUGGCGAGCAGCACUUUGAGUCUGGCGAGAUUCAGCGGUUCUCUUCCAUGAUCACCUUUUUGAAAGAGUGGAGGCAUUUCUAUUAUGAACCAAAAAUUAUCAACUUUUCUUUUGAAACUGACUCUGCACGAGUGAAAGUUGUUCCUGAUGGGAUACACUUAUCUCAGUUUUCAUCUGCAGCUGUUCCGAAGAUGGGACAACUGCCUCGUAAAACAAGAAAUUCAGACAGCAAUGAUUUUGUCAUGCAUGCUGGUGGGCAUGUCUGGGGAUUGGACUGGUGUCCCCAGAUCCAUGAAAAGCCUCAUUCUAAUAUCAAAUGUGAGUAUCUUGCAGUUGCUGCUCACCCUCCUGGUUCUACAUAUCACAAGAUAGGUGUCCCAUUGAUUGGAAGAGGUGCCAUUCAAAUCUGGUGCCUCUUAACUUUGGAUGAGAAAGUGGAAUUUUCUCUACCAAGGUCCAAAAGAGGGAGACCUAAAAAGGAACCCGUUAAAGAAGAACCACUAAAUGAUUUUAAUGGUACAGGUAUGGCAAUAACCGCCAAAAGGUCCAGAGGCAGACCAAGGAAAAGGCCAGUUGAAAAUGAUACAAAAUAUGCUUUAAGUGUGGAAGAUGGAUCAGAUCUACCAAGCCCAAGUUGGAGACCUAAAAAGAGACUGAUGCUGGGUGUAGUUGAUCUAAAUGGUUCAAAGAAAUUAUCUCCAGCAAAGCCUAGAGGGAGACCCAGGAAAAAACCAACUUCUGAUAACAACAGUGUACAAAAAUCUUUUCUUGCCAAGCCCAGAGGGAGACCUAGAAAACAUUCGCCUCCAAGCAUUGAUAAUUCAAAUGACAAAGAUGUCUCACGUCCUUGCAGUAACAAUCAAAUUCAGAUUGUAAGUGAGUCUAAUGUGUGUACAACUGUUAAUUCAGGGAAUAAUGUAAUGGCAUUGUCCUUUUCUGCUGAUGUAAAUUGUGGGGAGGUAACAAUUCAAAAAAGGUGCAGAGGAAGACCCAGAAAGAAUUCCAUUUCAACUGUAAAUGAUCAUGUUCCAGAAUCUGGGGUUGAAUCAGGGAAUGGUACAUCUUUUUUGGCCACUUCAAGCAGAUCUGAGACUUUGGACAUGAAUGAAUCAUUUUUAUGCAGUAACAAUGAGAUUCAAAGUGCUGUUGAUUUGGGGAAUAUUGCAGUGGCAUCCCCUGUUUCUGCUGAUGUAAAUUGUGAGGAGGCAACAAUUCAAAAGAGGUGCAGAGGAAGACCUAGAAAAAACUCCAUUUCAAAUGUAAAUGAACACAUUCCAGCAUCUGGUGUUGAAUCAGUGCAUUGUACAUCUUCCUUGGUCACUGCAACCAGACCUGAGACUUUGAACAUGAAUGAAUCAUGUUCAUGCAGUAACAAUCAGAUUCCAAGUGCUGUUGAUUUGGGGAAUAUUGCAUUGGCAUUGCCUGUUUCUGCCGAUGUAAACUUUGAGGAGGGAAUGAUUCAAAAAAGAUGCAGAGGAAGACCUAGAAAGAACUCCAUUUCAGAUGCAAAUGAACACAUUCCAACAUCUGGUGUUGAAUCAGGAAAUGGUACAUCUUCCUUGGCCACUUCAACCAGACCUGAGACUUUGAACAUGAAAGGAUCAUUUUUAUGCAGUCACAAUCAGAUUCUAAGUGCUCUUGAUUCGGGGAAUACUGCAUUGCCAUCUCCUGUUUCUGCUGAUGUAAAUUGUGAGGAGGGAUCAAUUGAAAGAAGAUGCGAAGAAAACAUCUCAAGUGUAAAUGAAUGUGUUCCAGCAUCUGCUGUUGUAUUAGGGAAUGGUACAUCUUCCUUAGCCACUCCAAGCAGAUCUGAGACUUUGAACAUUAAUGAAUCAUGUCUAUGCUGUAACAGUCAAAUCCGAAGCACUGGUGAGUGUGUUCUGCAUUUAACUGUCGAAUCGGGGAAUGCUGCAUCAGCCUUACCUGUUUCUGCUGAUGCACACUGUAAUGAGGGAACGUGUCCUCCAAGGCGUAGAGGGCGACCUCGAAAGAGGCCACUUCCAACUAUAAACAAGUGUGUUAUGGCAUCCGGUGUUGAAUCAGGGAAUGAUGUAUCUGUAUUGCCAACUUGUAGCAGACCUGGUAUUUCCAGUGUAGACAAAUCACCUCUAUUUAGUAAUAGUCAAACUCUAAAUGGAAGUGAGGGUUUUCUUCCUUGUGAUCCAGGGAAUUUUGGAUUGGCAUCAUCUGAUUCUGUUGAUGUAAAUUGUAAGGUGGAUACAAUUCAACAAAGGCACAGAGGGAGACAUAGAAAGCAGCUAGUUUUAAGCUUGAACAAAUGUUUUCUGGAAUCUGGAGUUGAAUCAGUGGAUGAUACAUUAGCAUUGCCCACUUCUAGAGGACCUGAGACAUUGGAUGUAGUUGAAUCACCUCUGUACGGCAAUUCUCAGGAUGCGAUGCUCUUAAGUAAUGAAGCGGGCUGUGAGAGCUCAUCUAAAGCUGACUUAACUAGUUUAAUUCCAAGAGACAUUGCUUUGCCCAGGGUUGUACUCUGUCUAGCUCACAAUGGGAAAGUUGCAUGGGAUGUGAAAUGGAGACCUUGCACCAUCAACGAUUCAGAAGGCAUGCAUCAUAUGGGUUAUCUUGCUGUAUUGUUGGGAAAUGGUUCUCUGGAAGUGUGGGAAGUCCCAGCCCCUAGCAUUGUCAAAGUUUUCUUUGCUUCUAGCUGCAGUGAGGGUACUGAUCCUCGUUUUUUGAAAUUGGAACCUGUAUUCAGAUGCUCAAAGGUGAAAUGUGGAGAUCGACACAGCAUUCCUCUGACAAUGGAGUGGUCACCUUCUGCCCCGCAUGAUCUAAUAUUAGCUGGAUGCCAUGAUGGAACGGUUGCCUUGUGGAAGUUUGCUAAACAAUAUCCAUCUCAAGAUACAAAACCUUUACUUUGCGUCACGGCUGAUUCUGCUCCUAUAAGAGCACUUGCUUGGGCUCCAGAGGAAAGUGAUAAGGAGAGUGCAAAUCUUUUUGUGACUGCUGGACAUGAAGGUUUAAAAUUUUGGGACCUGCGUGAUCCAUACCGUCCGCUAUGGGACUUGAAUCCCACGCCAAGAGCAAUUUUGAGCGUGGAUUGGGUAAAACAUCCUAGAUGUAUCGUCUUAUCACUUGAUGAUGGAACCUUGAGGAUCCUCAGCUUGUGGAAAGCAGCAUAUGAUGUUCCUGUUACUGGAAGACCGUUUGCUGGAACAAAGUAUCAAGGGCUGCAUAACUUUGGCUGCUCAUCUUUCGCCGUUUGGAGUGCCCAGGUGUCACGAACUCUAGGUCUCGUUGCUUAUUGUAGUGCAGAUGGAUCUACAGUUCGGUUUCAGGUAACUGAACUAUCUGAUCUUACUGAAGCUGUGGACAAAGAUCCAAAGCGAAACCCUAAACCGCAUUUCCUUUGCGGGUCACUUAUGGAAAAAGGCCAAGUUCUUGAGAUCAAUAGUCCGCUACCUGAUGUUCCAUUGCCCAACAUUCCUUUUGUGCAAAAGAAGUCGGUUGAUGACUGUGUGGACACUGCUCCGACCAUGCAGUUGCAUGGUUGCUUGUCAGAUGUGGACCAGGCAAAACAAACAGGUCAUGCUGUUUCAGGUAGUGAAGAAACAAUGGGAAAUACAACAUCAAAAUCCAGAAAGAAUGAGAGGAAGAAACAGCAUGCAAGUGCUAUUGCUGUGCAAACAAAAUUUCAUGCUGAAAUAGAGCAAGGGAUAUUGCAAAGAAACGAAAACAAAGAUGAAGGAUCUCCACAACAGUUUGAAGCACACCCUCCCAAAGUUGUGGCUAUGCAUAGGGUAAGGUGGAACAUGAACAGAGGGAGUGAAAGAUGGUUGUGUUACGGUGGAGCUGCAGGCAUCAUUCGAUGUCAGCAAGUUUCUUUGCAAAUGUAGUUAGAACUAAUAAUCAAAAGGAGGUUCUGUAUGUGGGUAGACCAAGCUAGAGAAAGACUUGGUUUGGUUCAAAUGAGAUGGUUUAUCAGCAUGGAAUAAUAGUGAGUCACUUAGAAGGUAGCAUUACUGGGGAAAUUAGAGAAUAUGUGAUUUGUUUCGAUGAAGCAGAUGAUGAUGAUGCUCAGAUGAUAAUGGUCAGUAUUAGAGUGCAUAUACUUGCAUGAAUUUAGAAAUCACUACUAUUUUAUUUAUUAUUCUCGAACUAUUAUUUUAAAUUUGUUUUUGUUAACACAAAUUAAUGGAUAUUAUUGUUUUAAAAAGUUUACAAAACAUAUAUUAUAUUUU